AUGAUUAGUGCUACGUCCUUUCUAAACCACACCGGCCCCCGUCCGCCGCGUUAUCGGACUCCCUCGCCUCCGCGACGCGCCGUCGAACCUAUCUCACCUUGCUCGACUAUCGACGCUCGUGCCUCCUGGGUCGAUCGCAGUUUUUCCAGACCUACAACCGCCGAUCAUAGCCAUUUCUCUUCCACUAUUGGGAAAUUCUCAGCUCCAGAUGCUCCCGCUCCUCCCAGGUCCGGCCAUGGUCGGUCCAGCUCGACCAUCGACACUCUCGCGACCAUCGCACUAGCCACCAGUCCGACUUUUGCUCCUCUCUCCUACCGACCCCCCUCUCAGAAUUCUACCUCCCCGGUAUCGCUUUUUCCUUCCGAAUCUACAGAACUCCUCGAACGCCCUACAAAGCGACCGCGAUCAGAGGAAAAAGAUUAUCAUCAUCAGGCCUCCUCUUCCUCCUCGUCCUACUUGCAGCCCCGGUCGGGUCCCGCGCCGCCUGCGAAUUCCUCAUCAAAUUUCGACAGCAUGAAAACUGACGCAGAACUCCUGCUAAAUUUUGCGAGACCCACGAAUUUCACCCCUCCCAUACAUUCCACCAAGCGAAUAAGCGUGGAUGAAUCUUAUCAUCACCAUGCGUUCCAUCCUCAGAGUCAAGCGAGAGCUGGGGUUGGAGGCUCAUACUGGAGCUCGAAUGAUGAAAACAUGGCUAGCAAUGAUCUCGGAGGUACGACAUUCCCUUCUUCACGCAUGAGAUCCCAAUCCGAUGGUUCUGCUGCUAUCUCACGACCCGUGAUUCCUGGCAUGCGACCCAACACAAGCUCCUCGACCCUCCAACCUAUAAUCUGGCAGGAAGAGGAGGAUGGCGGAGAGCAUCACUGGGAUGCUGUACCAAAUGCAGUCGUCAAAAGUGCGCAGGCUGGCCUUCGCGACGCGGGCGAAACAACGCAUCUCGGCCCGAGAAGGCAGUCGCCCAAGGUGGAAGACGAUACUGAGUCCGAUGACUCGAGUCAGGCAAAUUGUGCAGCUUGUAACCUCAUUCGAAUACCAAUGGAGACCGAAGAUCAACAAGGCGAUGUCACUUGGAUCAGCUGUGACGGCUGCAAGCGCUGGUUCCAUAUUGUAUGCGCUGGGUUCAAAAACGACCGCGAGAUUCGGACCGUCGACAAGUUCAUCUGCCGGACCUGCCGUCCUAUCCACGGCCAGACCACCUUUGUCCGCAAAUCUUCUCGCGCUCGCACUUCUAUCGACUAUGCGGGCCUUAACCAAGGCCUUGUCAAGGCCGCUACUGAUUCUCUAGAGCAUCACUACAUCGAGCCAAUUCGACAAAAUAGGAUCCGCUUCCUCCCCGAGAGUUUCCCUCGGAUGCGCCCCGAAUUGGUCUCCGCGGAAUACUUCGAGCGCGGCAAUGGUAUGACCGAGCCCAUUGUCAUCCCGGCCGAACUGAAUACCUGCGACUCCGUCCUAAUCCCUAGCCCCGACUUCGACGCUCUCGUUCAGGACGCUAGUUCUCAAGAGAUGUUUGAUGAACUUCUAGAGCAUCUGCCUCAGGAAGGUGAGGACUUUGACACGGUCAUCGAUUGCGGCCAAGACCAGCUGGACAUGGUCAUCCCACAAGGGUUGACCGUUAGGACGGUUUCUGAGCUUUACGGCCCAGAAGACCGGGUGGAAGUGAUCGAUGUCAAAUCUCAACAGGGAGAAGAUAAAAGGUGGACCAUGCAGAAGUGGGCAGACUACUACGAGAACCCCGGUGCCAAGAUCGUCCGCAACGUCAUCAGCCUUGAAGUGUCCCAAAGUAAACUGGGUAAACUGAUCCGCCGGCCAAGGAUUGUACGUGAUCUGGAUUUGCAGGAUUCCGUUUGGCCCGAGGAACUCAAGGCAGUGGGGGAAUACCCCAAAGUCCAAUUCUACUGCCUGAUGUCUGUGGCUGACUGUUACACCGACUUCCACAUCGAUUUCGGAGGAUCCUCUGUGUUUUACCACAUCAUCAAGGGCAAAAAGACCUUCUUUUUCAUCCCCCCGAAGGACAAGCACCUGAGGAAGUAUGAGGAAUGGUGCAACUCGCCUGCCCAGGAUUCCACCUUUCUUGGAGAUCAGACCAAGGAGUGUUAUCGCGUUGACCUUUCCGAAGGCGAUACCAUGCUAAUUCCAUCCGGCUGGAUACACGCCGUGUGGACCCCUGAAAACAGCCUGGUGAUUGGAGGUAACUUCCUGACAAGACUCAACUACGGGAUGCAAAUCAAGAUCGCCAAGAUUGAAAAAGACACCAAGGUCCCAAGGAAAUUCAGAUACCCUUUCUUCCAAAAGAUCCAAUGGUACACUGCAUUGAAGUAUCUAGAGGAAGACCCAAUCCCCCAAAGCGUCCUGGACUCGUUUGCCCAUGACGAAAACUACCGCUUUCAUCGAGAGUAUCCCAUCUACUACGAAUUCGGAGAACGAGCCACCGCGGAACCUCCGGGGUCGCCCUACCAUAACUCGCGCUUCUACUCCCAAGGUGAGUUAGAAGGGCUUCCAGACCUCGCGAAAUAUCUACUUCAGACCGCCUUGAUCGCAGGUUGUUACCUCGUUGAAGGUGUGACCGUGGAUGCCAGAAAUGCCAUCAAAAAGUCUAUCCCCAAGAUGUCAGGCGAUCCGAUUGAUACGAUCAGGAAAUUUGGAGUCUGGCUUGCGUGGAAGCGUGGCAAUGAAAAGGCCCCUCAAUGGACUCGCCCCGGUGUUGUUGAAAGCAAUGCGAAAAACAGCCUCGCCGAGAAGAAACCGGCGGGAAGGCCCAGUCGCCGCUCGGAGCGCAACGUUGAUAACCAGCGAAUGUAUGCCGAGAGGCAGGCUGUUCAGCGCCUACCAGAGCGGUCUGUUGAUACCACUCAAAGGGAUUCAGCUAGCAACGGGGUCGGGGCGGUGCUUCCGCCGAGCAUUCCUCCCGCCGUAUCGUCUAGCUCGAGUUCAGCCUCCGUCGUGAAAGAGGAGCCUCCUUCUAAACCUCGCGCUGCUACGCGGGGAUCCGGACUCGGCCCUAAGCGCGUUGCAUGCGACGCCUGCCGCAAACGAAGGAUCCGCUGUCAUCAUAAAGAAGAGAACAACGAUGGAGGGUCGAGCAAACAGAUGGCCCCUGGUUCUUUCGGCCUAGGAACUCUCACCCCUACCGCGCACGAUGCGGUGUCUGCUCUAAACUCGCUGGCCGCAAUCGCAUCUGGUGCUGGUCUUCAAACGGGCAAUAACAACGCCCACCCACGGGUGGAUCGGGUAGAUGUCUCUCCAAAGUACACUGCUAUUGGUACCCCUCAUGGAGCGUCUAGCAGAGCAAAUGAUGCCAGUCCCGAUGGCAUGAACCCGGGCAAGAAAGGACGAAGCAAGGCCUGUGACGACUGUCGGAAAAGCAAGCGGCGGUGCAUUCACGAUGAGUACGGUAGGAUCGACCCGGUGAAGGCUCAAGAACGGGCAAAACCGCGAGCAGCUACGAGCUCUGCGAAACGACCACGCGCCAACGACGAAGGUGCUGGCUCUGUUGCAAAUAAACGGUUGAAACAGGAAAGCACCUCGCCCGUGGCAAGGCCAGCGCAUCUCAGCUCUCGGGAAGUGGAACAACCCUCUCCCAUCCACACUGCCGUUGACCAUAGUCCACUUGGAAAGACAACAACACGACCGAAUAAACCGACCUCACCACAUGCGGAAAUGGUCCAAGUGGAGAAAGAAGAAGCUCCCUCGGGCCAAAAUUCGUAUGCCUCCCCACCAGCUUUUCAGGCGGAUACGGUUGUCACUGAGGAAGUAAACGCGGCUUCUGUGUCCAAGCCAGUUGCCACACUCGUGUCGCCACCGACCUCUCUAGCAGACGAGAUGGAUAUGCAUGAUCAUGCUGACGCUGAAGGAGGAGGAGGAGGCCAUGCCAUCCACACGCCAACCACGGGAUCCCGUCAUUCCUCUCGUCAGCCGCGUCACGUUGAAAGGUAUAUGCCGGAUGUCCAUUUUGUCAAAUCGGCGAAGCCUACGACACACUCACAGAUUACACGCCGUUCAUCCUUCAAUGGCACAAGUGGUGUGCAGAAGAACCCCCCGGGCCAGUCAUCCGCCCCAAAGAAGUCCGCAUCUCGACCGUCCUCGUCCCACGGAAAGAAGAGCUUCUCUCCUUCGGUAGAAAAGAAAUCCGACCGGCACGCUAUUUCUUCGACGUCCCCUAGUCAGCAUGGCAAAGCUCCCAAAUCAGAUCACGCAAGCGUGGCUGAAAACGACCCGGAUGCUGAAAGCUUACGCCUGAUUCGUGAACUUCAAGAGCAGGAAUUUGGCUUGCGAAGGAGAGCAGGACGAGUAUGA